AUGGGCCCAAGUGCCUCAAGUGAACCUGGCGUGACUAUAACGUGUCAACAGACUGGGGAGAGCAACAGAGCACGGCUCAGACACCUUCUGCGACUGCGAAUCACAUUCAGAGAACUGUGGGCUUGGAUGCCUCCGCGCGCCUGGCCCUCCUGCUCAGCACCGCUGGCAGAGCCACGCUCAGCGGCCACGACAGCUUCUGACGAGAAAGCUCAAGCUGAUCCUGUAGCGCGGCGCCAGAGCCUCUCCGCUCGGCCUCACGCGGGUCUCUUGGCGAGGCCGACCACGAAGCUUCCUCCAAGCUGCGCCCCUGACCUGCUUGCGGCUCUGGCACUUCGUGUUAGAUCUACACAUAUAUAUUUGCAAAUCAUAUACCGUGACCCAUAUUCAUCAAGUGUUGGCGCAUUUCCAUACGGCUCGCAUCCCAACUUCACUCCAGUCUUCGACCACCACACGACCUGUCUUCAAGAACUGCCGGAUCGGUCGCCCUCUCUCGCCGCCAGCCACCUCCGUCCACGCCAGGACCCUUGGCCUCUCCGCCCCGGCCACGCCUCGGCCACCCCGCGUGUUGCCCCACCCGCCAGCACGAGCCUCGCCCUCGGCCCCCUCGGCCUCCUCGACCGCCCUCGAACUCACCAUGAACACGCUCUCGCGCUGCUCUGCACACUCUUGGUCGCGUUCUGCCUUCCGUAUCAGAGCGACGCCGCCGGAUCUUCAGGGAAGUACACGUACUCAACGGCGGGCCUCUGGGGCCACAAGGUGCUGGCGUCGCCCGUGUGGGGCCACCCACCCAAGAUCUAUCGCCACCGCCAGCCCACGCACACCGAGGAGGGAGUCCUCAAGAAGAGCCGCAGGUUGAACCACGGGGCGGCGCGCGUGGUGCAGGCCUCCCACUACGAGCUGGAGUACAUCCUCGGCCGCAAGAUCAUCUUCAUCUGCAUGGCCCGAGGCAACCCGCGCCCUCGCAUCACCUGGUAUAAGGACGGGGUCGAACUGUACGCCCACAACUACUUCCAGGUGCACGAGUGGGAGAUCGGCAGCAACAAGCUGAAGAGCAAGAUGGAGAUCGACCCCGCCACGCCCAUGGACGUAGGCUACUACGAGUGCCAGGCCAACAACAAGCACGCCGUCGACCACCGUGGCUUCCGCACGCAGUACACCGCCGGACUCUAAGCUCGCGCGCCCGUCCUCGCCCCUCGCUGUCCGAGUAGUCCUCGUCUGUCCUUUCUCUCCACUAGGUAGCCACGUAGGGAUCCACCUGCCACCUGGACGGAACGUUUGGCGCGCCGUAACAAACGUUCGGGUCGGCUUCGAGUGACCAGGCUCUAGAGACGCUGCUCUUGACCUUGCGAGUGACAACAGUGUAAGUAGGCCAUUAGGGAUGCAUUUGCUGACAGUCUUAGGUAAGGUUCGAAGGAGCAAAGAUUUGCCCAACAGGCGAUCAUUUGCCAAGCGCCUCCUAUCACGGCACGGGCGUUGCCACACGCGCACAAGAGCGACUCCCAUCCACAAAACACAACUAUUAGAGAGAGAUCGGCGUGCAUUCCGAGGGAUCGUGGUGACAGGCGCGGAUAGAGCAGCCUCGCCUCUUAGCCAGGUGAGGCUCUAGUUUCCUCCCCCCCCCCUCACCUGCCACUUCACUCACACAUAAAAAUGUCGCCCAAACUCAUUCAACAAAGUUUUCCAGCGCGCGGCGGAACCCAAAUGCUGCCAGGGAAGGCAACGCGACACGACCGCCUUUGCCUCCGAGUGUCAAAAGUCCCUUUUUCGCCCGACAGCCUCCACCAAUCCGCGGUUCCCGGGAAUCAUAUCACGAUAGGAAUUUCGUUUCAAUUACGAGCGCAGAAGAGGGCGCCGCACAAGACUCGCACGUCGCUCGACUUGCCCCCCCCCCCCCGCCCUCCCAACCGCGGGCGAGGGCAACGAGCCUCGCCUCGCCUCAUUACUCGCAACAGCCCACCCCCACCCACGAUCCCUCUCGCAUGAAGCAACAGUAUAUUUUAUCUUGUAUACACGAUCGCUGUGUUGUACCACGGCAUUACCGCAGUAAUCACUAUCAUAACACUACCAUGUAUUUUUUCCUAUAUGAAAUAAAUAUAUCAAUAUAAA